AUGCCCGCAGACAGGCUCCUCAACACCCUCCUGCAGUACUACCAGGACGUCCACGACGACCCCAAGUCGGAGCAGAUCCUCGGCACCACCGUGCACCUCCUCACCCAUCUCUCGAACCCGCUCAACCUCGGCGUCCUCACCUCGCAGCUGCUCACCGCGCCCGCCAUCUGGCAGCGGCCCGGCUUUGACUUGUCGCAUGCCCUGCGCGUCGUCAGCAUCUACAAUACCGCCGCCCUCCGCGUCCGCCAGGAUGCCGCCGAAGCCCUCGAGAAGAAGAAGAACAACAACACCAGCGGUGGCUUCUUGCCCCCGCCGCCGACCCAGGAGCGCGAAAGCGGUGGCUUGAAGCCCGACGACUGGGCGCGCGCCGUGGUCAAGGGCGCCGACGAUCGCUCCGCGCGCUGGCAGCAUCUGCUCGUGCUGACGGGCGUCCUGAUCGGCUUCGAGGGCAACGACCGCCGCACGCUCUCUCGCAGCCUACGAAACACACUACAGCAGGCCGUCGUCGUGGCGGCCAACCUCGCGCUGCGGUCGCACGCCGAGGACGGCCCGCUCGCCGAGGCGGCCAUCGUCAUGGCGCUUAAUUACGCUUUCCCGCUACUGUCGCCGCACCACCAGGCGCAGCUCGACUGCGAUGUGCUGCUGCCCGUCAUGCUCUGGGCCAUGCUGCGUGAGGGCUGCGGCGACGGCCUCUUUCUUCAGGAUAUCGCACGCGACGUGACCCAGACCGUUGGCGGUGGCGGUGGUGGCGGCUGCAGCUGGCCGCAGCACGCGCCCUCGUUUGCGAUGCUCGUCGAGCUGGACCGGCGGCCGGUCAUGAGCAACAUGGGCCCCCUGGCCAAGAUGGCGGCGUUUGCGGCGACGCAUGCCAAGGACACGAGCAUCGUGCUGCAGGCGCAGGAGGACCUGGUACUGUUCUCCCACAAGCUGCUCGACGCGUGGGCCAAGAACCGCCUGAGCGGCGUCGAGUACGGCCUGGCGAGCGCGCAGCUCAGCCCGGAGACGCUGCAGGCGACGUGGCCGGUGCUCUGGCAGGUGCUGCGCAAAAUCAUGUUUGGCGUCGUGGCGACGCUGCAGGCCAUUGUCGCGCGCAGCCUGCUCGACCCGCGCAUGCUGCACGAGGCGGUCGCGCCGGGCGUCGCGGCCAAGUCGCUGCAGAUCUUGCGCAACAUUUGCUUUAUAUCGUCCGUCAACGGCAACGACGCCUUUCAGGUUUACACGUUUACAUAUCUCACGUCGCUCGACGUCAUUUGCAGGAGCGGCGCGGCAUGCGAAAAAUUUCUAAGCGACUUCCGGCCCGCAGACGGGCUGGCGGUGCCGUCGGCGCACUUGCAACGGACGCUGGACCUCUACUACCUCAACGCCGCGGAGCACAUGCCCCUCUCACUAACGACAGAAGCAGCGGAUGCGCUAAUCAUCAAGCCAGCGACAUCAUAUCUGGGCUUUGACGGCGUCAUGUCGCCGACCAUGAGCCACAUAUUUGAAUCGGCCCACAGCGCCGUCUUGUCGGUCCUCUCGUGCCCCCAGCAUAGCGCGCUGACGAUUCAGCUUGCGCCCUUUUACAUUGUCAAGCUCUUUGAAUCAUUUCCACACCACAUCUCGCCACGGCAGUUCCGCGUGGCCUUUAAAACAGUCAUCCAGAUGGUGUCGCCGCCGUUCCAGAUUGCGGCACAGGAGCCCCUGCUCGGGGAGACGCUCCUCGAGAUGCUGCUCCAGCACAUUGCCAUCGCGUCCACCGUCCCGCUGGCCCCCGACGAGGCGACACAGACGGCCGCGACCGAGAGCGGCGAGACGCUGCAGUCACCGCAGAGCGCCCUGGUGCUGGCGCUCAUCGACGCCCUGCCGUUCCUGCCGCUGCCGCUCGUGGAGGAGUGGAUGGCAAUUGCGGCGCAGACGCUCAACGCGAUUGCGGACCCGAGGCUGCGGAGGCCCGUCAAGGAGCGGUUCUGGGAUAUCCUCGUCAACGGGGAAAUGGACGUCGAGCGGUCCGCGAUUGGCGUCGCGUGGUGGGGAACCAAAGGCGGACGGGAGCUGGUGCUCAACGGAGGAGCUGGGCCCGCGGAGCAGCCAAUGAUGAGCGGGGCUCUCAUGACGACAGAGAGCAAGCUCUGA